GCAGGCCGCGGCCGCACACCGACACCGCACUCCCGGGCACGUCCACGACAGAAGCGGACGCACUCUCAGGACGCCGACGACGACACCCCACCAGACGACAACCAUGGUCAAGUUCGCCCCCACGGUCAAGCUCAACAACGGGCAGGCGUUCCCCGUCAUCGGCCUGGGCACCUGGAAGUCCAAGCCCGGCGAAGUCGAGCAGGCCGUCAAGGACGCCAUCGACGCCGGCUACAGGCACAUUGACGGCGCCUUCAUCUACGGCAACGAGGUCGAGGUGGGGAACGGCAUCCGCGCCAAGAUCGCCGAGGGCGUCAUCAAGAGGGAGGACAUCUUCGUGACGAGCAAGCUGUGGAACACCUUCCACCGCCCCGACCUCGUUGUCGGCGCCGUCAAGAAGUCGCUCCAGAACUUCGGGCUCGACUACCUGGACCUGUACCUGAUCCACUGGCCCGUCGCCUACCAGGAGGAGGGCGAGCUCUUCCCCAGGGGCGCCGACGGCAAGGUGUUCUGGAGCGACGUGGACUACGUGGACACCUGGAAGGAGCUCGAGAAGUGCGUCCAGCUGGGGCUCCUCAAGGGCAUCGGCCUGUCCAACUUCAACUCGGAGCAGGUGACUCGCGUCCUGGACAGCUGCACCAUCAAGCCCGCCGUCAACCAGGUGGAGUGCCACGCCUACCUCAACCAGAAGAAGAUGAUCGACUUCUGCAAGAGCCGCGGCAUCGUGGUGACCGCCUACAGUCCCCUGGGCUCCCCCGACAGGCCAUGGGCCAAGCCCGGUGACCCCCAGCUCCUCGACGACGCCAAGAUCGUCGCCAUGGCCAAGAAGUACAACAAGACUCCCGCCCAGGUCGUGCUCCGAUACCUGAUCCAGCACGGCACCGUGCCCAUCCCCAAGUCUGUCACCAAGUCCCGCAUCAUUCAGAACUUCGCGGUGUUCGACUUCGAGCUGUCGGCCGAGGACGUGGCCGUCAUGGACACCUUCGACUGCAACGGCCGUCUCUGCCCGCUCAACGACGGCAAAGGCCACAAGUACUGGCCUUUCAGCAUCGACUUCUGAAGACAUCACCGCUGUGCCCUCACCCCUGUAUUUCUAAGACUGAUUUCAACUGGUUGUGUGGUUUUGUAAUUGUUAUAAAUAAAGAAAAACAUUACCAAAAAUCACAAAA